AAACAACGUAACUUGGCGCGUCGCCGUGUUUUUCUCGAUUGCUUUUAAAAUUUAACAAAAAUAUACGUCAAGUUUGUACUUGUUAUGCUACUCAGAGCAUAAUUUAAGUAUUGAUGUACAUUUUGGUGACUUAACUUGCGCGUAAAGUGAGUAUUUUCGACGGUAUUCGCUGUUAUAACCUUCUAGUUUUGACGUUUCCAAAAACGGCCUUCUCAAGUGAAGAUUAAAGAUGAGCGGCAAAGGGAAGAAAAGCGAGGAAGAGUACGUGGUGGAGAAGGUGAUGAACAGCCGCAUUACAGCGGCAGGGAAGAAGGAAUACCUACUUAAAUGGAUAGGUUAUGACCAUGAAGACAAUACCUGGGAGCCAGAGGAGAAUUUGGAUUGCCCUGGGUUGAUUGAAGCGUUCGAGAACGAAAAGAAGGCCAGGGAGAAAACGAAGAAACGCAAAAGCGACGGCACGCCGCUGCAAGAAUCGAAGAGUGCCAAGAAGAAGGUCGAAGAUAAGAAAACAAUUGGUUUUGACAGAGGCUGUGAACCAGAGAAGAUUUUAGGUGCUACAGAUUGUUCAGGACAAUUAAUGUUUUUGAUGAAAUGGGUCGGCACAGAUGAGGCAGAUUUGGUGCCGGCAAAAACUGCAAAUAUCAGGUGCCCUCAAGUUGUCAUAAAAUUCUAUGAAGAGAGGUUAACUUGGGCAACGAAUUCAGAAAAAAAUCCUGAAUAGUUUUCUUUUGACUUCAUUGUUUUUUUUGCAAAAUUGUGCUAUAUUUUUAAGGUCGAUAAUUUAAGAAGAUUGUUAUUAUGACAGUAUAGGUACUUACGUCUAGUGAUUCUUUAUAUAAAAAAAUAUAAAACCUCAA